AUGUUUGGAUUAACUAAGAAAAAUUCUAAAGAUAGUGAAAAGGCCAGCGUGGAAUCUGAUGAAAAGCUAAUACAUCAGGAGGUCCCAUUUGAGCAUCCUCCGGAAAGAAUUCAUGCCCCAGCAGAAAAGCCCUUAACCAGUAAACAAAAUAUAAUGUAUCAAAAUGUGUUACGAUACUUUCAAAACCCAGAAUUGGUUAUCCGAGUUAAAGAGAAAGGAAACAGCAGCACAGAAAAGACCCCGCUAUCUUUAGAUGAAAAGGCCUGGAUUACAAGGGAAUGCAUAUUGCGUUAUUUAAGGGCCACGAAGUGGAUUGAAAAAGAUGCCAUUGACAGAAUUGAAGGAACUAUAGCAUGGAGAAGGGAGUUUGGAAUCGAUCACAUUAAAGAUUCUUCGAAAAAUAAGGUGACCCCGGAGUUAGUGGAACCCGAAUGCUUAACGGGGAAGCAAGUUGUUUUAGGAUUUGACAAUGACAGCAGGCCAUGUUUAUAUUUAAAGCCAGGAAGACAAAAUACUAAGAACUCGUUUAGGCAGGUGCAGCAUCUAGUUUUCUUCUUGGAAAGAGUCAUUGACUUCAUGCCUUCCGGUCAAGAUUCCCUUGCAUUACUGAUUGAUUUCAAACAACACCCAGAAAUUGCUGCCGAGGUGGAAACAUCGAAAAUUCCUACUUUAUCAAUUAGCCGUCAGGUGCUUCAUAUAUUGCAGACGCACUACCCAGAAAGGUUGGGAAAGGCACUUCUUACCAAUAUACCAUUUCUAGGAAGAACAUUUCUUAGGCUAAUAUACCCAUUCAUUGAUCCUCUAACACGUCAAAAGCUCGAGUUUGAUGCAGACUUCUCGACUUUCUGCCCUAGAGAGCAAUUGGAUAAAGAAUUCAAUGGUUCAGUUGAUUUUGAAUAUAACCAUAAAGUCUAUUACCCUGCUUUGAUUAAAACAUGCCGGAAAAAUCGCGAGAGGUACAUGGAGAGAUUUAAAAAAUUUGGUAGCGUUGUCGGACUUAGCGAAAUAGAUUUACGUGGUAAUUCCGAUGACCUCCAAGUUCCGGUCGGAUCGCAUCCUUGGGAAAAAAAAGGAGCUAACAUUUCACUGUCGCAAAUUACAAGCACUCAAAGUAGAAUUACCAGCAGUCCUAAAGAUCAAAUUAUACAGAAUAUAACAUCUGAUUCCGAGCACGUUGUUAUGGUUCAGUAA